UCACGUGAUAUAACACGGAAGUAAAUCUUGUGUCAAGUAGCGGUGCCAGAAAUAACCGAAACGAAAAGUUGCCUCGUAUGUUUAUGCACUUUAUGUAUCUAUGAAGUAUGUGCACAAGAUACAAAAAAGUCGUAUAGAUAAGUUGGUUGUCCUUUGGCAAUAUGAUUAUUAAAGCCAUGUCAUGACGGAAGUAGCCUAAAGGGACAGGAUUGUAUUCAAGGUCCAGAGAGCCAUAAACAACUGUGAUUUGGCGUUGUUACGUUGCGGAAUGUGAUGCCAGCCCUAAAGAUGGCUGAAUCGGGAGACCAUCACGGGCAAUUUCAGGCAGCUGUGGACGUCAUACACAAUCUCCCCAAAAAUGGUUCUUACAGACCCUCAUAUGAGGUGAUGUUGCGGUUCUAUGGACUCUACAAACAAGCUGUGUGUGGACCCUGCAUGGUGUCACGACCUGGGUUCUGGGAUCCCGUGGGGCGCUACAAAUGGGAUGCUUGGAACCGCCUGGGAGACAUGAACAGCGAAACGGCCAUGGCUUCCUACGUCGACGAGAUGAAGAAAGUAGCACAGGAGGUUAUCAACACUAUGCCGAUGGAUGAGAAGACGGCAUCUUUUUUCCACUAUUUUGAGCCGCUCUAUAAGGUUAUCCAUGACAUGCCUCGACCACCGGAGUCGCUGCUUACACUUGAAGUCGACAUCAAUGCCAAUGACCAGACCCCAAACCUCACUGAGACAGAGCAGAAUGCGAGGCCCCAGGACCCUGCAGCUCCAGACCAGGACCAAGCAGAAGAGGUCUCCCAUACUGUCACCUCAGACCCUGCAGCUCCAGACCAGGACCAAGCAGAAGAGGUCUCCCAUACUGUCACCUCAGAGCACAGCGUGGCCGAGAGGGAUCACGGCACCCAGUCCCAUGAGCCUGAGACUGUUUCCUCUGGCCUGGUGUUGACCAGCGACUCGGAGAGCGAGAUCUACUGUGACACGGUGGAGCAGCUGGACAGUGGCAAGAGUGUGUCCAUGCCAGACGGUCUCGACAAUAGGCUGGCACUCUCCGAACCCAGUGAUAACCCAGGGCACCACGUGGCACCUGUCUCCCGGGUGACAGAGGUGGGCGCCGGACAAGGUGGCGAGGGUGGAGGGGAGGGGCGAGGCCCCCCCAUCAGGAAGAGGGAUUCGAGGAGAGAUGCUGCCAGGCAACCCGCUAGGGAACCCAUGGGAGGGGGUCCUGAGCGCGAUGCUCAGCACGCAAACCGUGUGCCUGGUGGCGUGGGGGGUGGGGGAGAGGAUGGUUCGGGGGGCUCGGACAGGCUGCAGGAGGCCCAGGUGCAGCAGCAGAUCGUGCUGGCGCUACAGAGGCUCCGGGAGGACAUGCGGAGCGUGAUGGAGCGCCUGGAAGUGGUAGAGGGCCUUGCUGCAGCCAACGCUCAGAGUUCAAGCUGGAGGACUCAGACACCACUACCAGCUAAUGAGACAGAGGUUCACCAGCAGAGCGACUGGUGGUGGCCAUUUGAUGUGUCCGGACGCACGCUCAUGCUCCUGCUGCUGUGGCCUUUCUUCGCUCAGGGACUCGUGUUCCUGCUUCAGCGGAGGAGGAAGAAGCCCCAUGUGCCGACAUGAGGCUGUCUGCAGAAAGAUGCAUAGAAAGGGGGUGGGGGGUGGAGGGUGGAUGCAAACAUGACCAUUUGCGUCAGUUGUUCAUUGAAAGAAAAUGUGUUGCAGAUUUUAGACGAAGUAUAUGAUUGGCUUGCCUCAGGUAAAAUCUAAAAAGUA